AUGCCCACAACUCCAUUUUCAAACGACCAGUGUGAACGUUGCAGCAGUGCUUACACAUUAGUCAAACGAAAGAAAAAUUGCAUUGUUUGUCGUCAGUCAUUUUGUCCAACUUGUGCACCACGCGAACGUCAUCAUCCUUGUCGAAUUUGUCUCAUUUGUCAAUUGAUAUCAAGUGAAUCAACUACACAAGAGGAAUUACUUUCAAUUAAAGUCAAACAUUUACGUUCAUAUUUGCAAGCUAAAAAUAUACCAAAUCAUACAUGUACGGAAAAACAAGAACUUGUUGAUCUGAUUGUUCGUAGUCGAAAUCUACCAUUUCUCUAUCUACAACAACAAGCAGCCCAAAACAAUCCCACAAAUACAAAUAGCAAUUAUUUUACGACACAAACAACAACACCCCCAAAUCCACAGUUUCAAACAAAUUAUUUUAACACAUCGUUUUCCACUUGUGCCUCCUCAUCUUCUUCAUCUACAACCUCAAACAUGCCUCAGCCGCCUCCUCUACCAAAACAAACAAACAGUAAUACUUCUCAUCCAUUUACAAAUUUUCAACAUACAAUGUCAUCGUUUGCUAGCCAAAUGAAUCAUUUUGCUGCUAACUUACAAGAUUAUGUGUCCAAUACGGUUUCCGGUGUUUUACAUCAUGCAUUACAUCCACAACACUCAGAAGCAAAUAAUAGUAAUGUAAAUUAUUCAUCAGUGCCAAACGGCGGAAAUAUCUCUUCAUUCAACUUUGGAACAACAAUGAAUGCGCCCGGUUUUGCUUCAUAUACAUUUUCAUCUCCUGGAAGUUUUGUUUAUACAUCCUCAACAAAUGGAAAUCAACAGGCAUCUUCGUCAAAUAAUGCUCAGUAUCAACAGAUGCCACAACAACAACCUAGAGGAUCAAAUUCUCAAUCAAAUCGUCAUCGACACAGCACUUCAUCAUCAACAACGAAUUUGUAUAAUCCUGAUCAACGACCUGCGAACACUAUGCAUCAUAAUAGUCAGAGUACGCCAACAAAUCUACAAUCAUCUAACAAUAGUAAUCAGAAUGCUGGAGAAGCAACAGUUCAACCAUCGCAACAACGUAUUAGACGUAAAUCAUUAAGUGAUAUAAAAGACGAUCAAAAUAUUGAAGAUUUAUCAAUUAAAGAAUUAAAAGAAAUAUUAGCAACAAAUUUUGUUAAUUAUAAAGGUUGUGUAGAAAAGAGUGAAUUAAUUGAAAAAGUUCGGCGUUUAUAUCGAGAUCGAGCAAGUCAACAAGAAAAAGCUAAAGAGCUAGAUGGACUAACAACUGGAGAUACUGAAUUAUGUAAAGUUUGUAUGGACAGUACUGUUGAAUGUGUAUUUCUCGAUUGUGGUCACAUGGUAACAUGUGUCAAAUGUGGAAAAUUGUUGGCUGAAUGUCCUAUUUGUCGUCAAAAUAUUAUUCGCGUUGUCCGAGUAUUUAAAUCAUAG